AUGCCUCCCGUCAGGCUCAAGGCGUUAACUCCUGUCAUCGCCAUCGCCCUCAUCGCCUUCUUCUUUUGGGCGGUCGACCGCUACGAUCGCGCUGCCCUCACUCGCUUCACCCACCCCCUCGACAGACUCUCCCCCUCGUCGCUGAGGGGCCAGGGCCACGGCAGCGACAGCAGCAAUGGCAAGGGCAAGGGCAAGAACAAGAACAGCGACAAUACCGGCCCUGCCCAGCUGAACUUCCAGAACCUCCGGAAACCGAACACCCCCCACCAGCUCUGUGCUUCCGCUCGUCAUCCCAAUCCUCCCCAUUCCCCGCCUCCCUCCCUGACCUUCUCCGAGUGGCUCAUCGGGAAGAACUACACUCGCGCCUACUUCCGCCCCCGCCAUGUCUCCCCGGACACCACAUUCAGCUCCAUGGAGACUAUCGACCACCCAGUCCUGCAGCCAUUCCGCCCCUUGGGCCGUGGAAUGAGGGUCCAGCUCUCACCCCCUGUAGACCCCCGCGAUCCCGAUUCCGAUUCCGAUUCCGAUCCCUGGCCCUGCCCCCACGUCGUCGAUGUGGACGUCGCCGCUGACCACGCCAUCGACGAGACAUCCAACCUCCUCUUCGGCCUCGCAACCACGGUUGACCGCCUGCGCCGUCUCCUGCCCGCCCUCCUUUACUCCUACGGCAGAUCCAAGGCCAGCCUGCUCGUGCUCGUGCCUGGCGACACCAAGGAUAUCGAGGAGCACGAGGCCUAUUUCAGAAAUGCUGGCUUGGAUAUUACCUUGCAGAAAUCUCCGCUGCCUUUCACCGCGCGGUACUUCGGCCUUGUCGAGGGCUUCACCGAUUUCAUCAAGACCACGCGCCCCAAUACCACCUGGGUCAGCUUCGUGGACGACGACACCUUCUUCCUCUCCCUUGCCUCCAUCGCCAAGCAGCUCUCCACCUUCAACGCCUCCGAGCGAGUGUACAUCGGCGCCCUCUCCGAGGCCAGCUGGCAGGUCGACACCUUUGGCCAGAUUGGCUUUGGCGGCGCCGGUGUCUUCGUCUCCGUCCCCCUCCUCGAAAGGCUGCACGGCGCCUAUGACACCUGCCAGUCCUGGGGCGAGCAGCCGGGCGACCAAAAACUAGCCCAGUGCAUCGACAAGUUCGGAGACACCCCGCUCACCCUCUGGGACACCCUGUACCAGAUGGACAUGAAAGGCGCCGUCGACGGCGUCUACGAGUCCGGCCGCCAGAUCCACUCCCUUCACCACUGGGGCAGCUGGUACAAAAAGGAUGUCGUGAAAAUGUCCACCGUCGCCGCCGCCGCCGGCCGCCAGUCCGUCCUGCGCCGCUUCCGCUUCGACGAGUUCACCACCCUCGACAGCGCCACCGGUGCCUCCAUGCGCAGCUUCUGGGUCCUGACCAACGGCUACUCGCUGGUCCGCUACACCAUGGACGCCAGGCUGCCGUCGCACGCGGUGAACUUUAACCACACCGAAAAGACCUGGGAUGAGGACCAGCGCGGCUACGAGAAGCGCCUGGGUCCCUUGCGGCCCAAGGAUCAGCCAGGCAUUCGGAAGGAGAGGUGGAUGUUGGCCGACUCCGUCGUCGUGGGCGAUAACGUGCACCAGACCUACGUCAAUGAUGCGGAUGGCGUGCAUAGCGUCAUCGAGCUUGUAUGGCUGGGGCCCGCCGGCGGUGGUGGUGCCUUUUGACAUCGUCUUGCUUUUUGUUUCUUUUCUUCUUCUAUAUUUCCCAGGUCAAGUUUUUAGACUUUUUUUAUCUUUUUGUUCUUUAUUUCUUUCUCUCACUGGCGGCUGUUUGUGACUUUAUUUAUUUUAUUGUAUUUUUUUUUAAUUUCUUUCUAAACUUUAUUUCCAAGCAUGCAGAGUCCGUGUAUGUAUGUCCCGUCAAUUUUAAUUUUUCUUUUAUCAUUUUCAUCUUUUUCUGCCUUCGUUUCUGAUCGAUUCCUUGAGGCGUUCUCGCUGCGGGGUACACAAAAGCGUGAAAGAUCUUCUUUGUCUUAUUAUACCUUUCUCACUGCCCUUUGCUGUUUCCCCCUUCCUUCUUGAUGUUGCCGAUUUGGGUUCGCUGGUUGGUUUGGUGUUCUUGUCGACUUUCGGAUUCGGGAUGGUGUUUUCAAUCUUCAUGUUGAUUGUUCAUAUUUUUUCCCACCCCUCCGGUCAUCUGUCUAUCUGUACAGUAAGUUAGCUAACUAGAGGAUUGCUGUUUAUAUAUUACGUUCUUUUUUAGAU